AUGCCGAUGCUCAAAGACCCCUCGCAAAAAUACAAGAAGUUCGCACCACUAAACCUAACUGAACGGACGUGGCCUAACAAGACUAUCGAAAAACCGCCUCGAUGGCUUUCCACGGAUUUACGCGACGGCAACCAGAGCUUGGUCGACCCUAUGGAUAGUGAGCAAAAAUGGGAGUAUUUCCAACUGCUUGUUAGCAUUGGAUAUAAAGAAAUAGAGGUUUCAUUUCCCUCCGCCUCGCAGACUGAUUACGACUUUACACGGCGUCUUGUUGAGACUCCAGGUGCCGUUCCUAAUGAUGUUUGGCUGCAAGUUCUUUCACCCUGUCGAGAAGAACUCAUAGAACGAACAGUAGCCUCCUUGAGAGGUGCCCAAAAAGCUAUCCUUCAUAUCUACUUGGCUACUAGUGAGUGUUUUCGACAAAUUGUGUUUGGUAUGACGGAAGAUGAAACCUUGGAACUCGCUACCAAGUGUACGCGCUAUGCGCGUAGUAUCACCAAGGAUGAUCCAAGCCAGUCAGGUACAGAAUGGGCUUUCGAGUUUAGUCCUGAAUGCUUUUCAGAUACACGACCUGAGUUCAUUAUACGUGUUUGUGAGGCUGUCAAGUUAGCGUGGGGUCCUUCGACCUCGAACCCUAUCAUCUUUAACCUGCCAGCCACAGUCGAGAUGUCAACUCCAAAUAUCUACGCAGAUCAGAUAGAAUACUUUUGCACUCACAUAAGUGAGCGAGAAAAGGUUUGCGUAAGUUUACAUCCGCACAAUGAUCGUGGUUGUGCUAUUGCGGCAGCAGAGCUAGCUCAGAUGGCUGGCGCUGACCGUGUAGAAGGCUGCCUUUUUGGAAACGGUGAGAGAACGGGGAACGUGGAUCUCGUUACUCUAGCCCUGAACCUUUACACACAGGGAAUCCACCCAAACGUCGAUUUCUCAGAUCUUAAUCGAGUGAUCCAAAUCGUCGAAGACAGCUGUAAAAUCCCUGUGCAUCCCCGGGCCCCUUACGGUGGCUCAUUGGUUGUCUGCGCUUUUAGUGGCUCACAUCAGGAUGCUAUUAAAAAGGGUAUGGUCAAAAAAGCUCUUAAUCCUGACGAAAAUACCUGGCGUAUGCCGUAUCUACCUCUUGACCCGCAAGAUAUCGGUCGAAACUAUGAAGCUAUCAUUCGAGUCAAUUCACAGAGUGGUAAGAGCGGUGCAGCCUGGAUAAUUCUUCGAAACCUAGAGCUCGACCUCCCUCGUGGUCUUCAAAUAGAAUUUAGCAAGGUUGUUCAAGAAAAGGCUGAUACAGUUGGGCGAGAGCUACUUGGCACUGAAAUCCAACAGUUAUUUGAAAAUACAUAUCUAUCUUGCGAAAGUUCAAGACUGAGAUUGAUCGACUACACGAUCACUACCGAAAGAUCCGUUUCACCUAUGCCACCAGCAGUAGGUAAAGCUCAAGAUACUACAAAUAUGAGAAGAAUGUUUGAAGGAGUACUAUCAGUGGAUGGUCAGGAAGUGAGGCUCAAUGGCACUGGAAAUGGCCCUAUCUCUAGUCUCGCAAAUGCACUUUCAACCAUUGGUAUUGACCUCGACGUAGCUGACUACAAGGAACACGCUAUAGGCAGUGGUCGGGAUGGAAAGGCGGCGAGUUACAUUGAAUGCACUGCCACAGGCUUUGACAAGAAAGUUUGGGGCGUCGGUGUCCAUGAAGACGUAGUGCAAAGUUCGCUCACUGCACUCCUGAGUGCCACCAACAAUAUUCAUCGUAUCACUGACGUUAGAAAGUUCCUCGCCAGUCGACCGAGCAUGUCGCUUCACCUUGGUAACCAUCAUGACCAUCAAACCGAUGAGAGCAGUAGAUUUAGAAGCAUGCCGGGAGAUAUGUUCGAAGAAACUAGUACAGCUUGA